AUGACAGCACAACGCCAGGCCUCAUCCGCCUCUCAAACCCCCCUCCUCUCCCCCGCCGAGCUCUCCUACCUCUACACUUCCCUCUCCCUCCCCAAGAACCCCAUCCGCCCCGACGGCCGCUCACCAACACAAUUCCGUCCUCUGUCCGCCGAAACCGACAUCCUGCCCGGCACAAACGGCAGCGCGCGCAUCGGCUUCGCGGACGGCACACAGGCUAUUGUCGGAGUGAAGGCUGAGGUGGAGAAGACGACUCUUACGGCUGAUACGCUCGAUGCGCGGUCGCUGUCGCUGCAGAAUGAUCUGGGACCGAGCGGGGACGGGCGCGAGGGAACGGAGGGAUCCUCAGCUGCGACGGGGGGCCAUGGGUCCUGGGUGCAGAUGAGCAUUGAGAUCCCCGGGUUCCGGGACGAUGAUGCGCUGCCGGUUUUUCUUUCGGAGAUGAUGCGGGAGAGUCUUGUGGGUUCUGUUGGGGGCAAGGAUGGGGAUGGAGUCGAGAGGGGCAUGGCGGGUGGUUUGAAGGGGAGGUUGGUUAUUAACAAGCGGUGGCAUUGGAGGUUAUACAUUGAUGUUCUUCUCCUGUCGCAGCCUUUGUCAUACCCUCUUCCGCUUCUUUCUCUCACGACCCACCUCGCUCUCUUAUGCACUAAGCUUCCGAAACUCAAAUCUACGGGCGAGGAAGACCCCUUCUUUGACGACGACUGGGCUGUUGCGGAAGACUUGUACCCGCGUGCUUCGGCGGGCAUGAAAUUCAACCCCUCACAACAGGUUCGGCCUCCGGUCACACUGCUUGUGAUCUCAGUAGGCGAGAACGUCAUUUUCGACCCCAAUCGCGAGGAAAUUGCCGUUGCGGACGCUGUGCUUGCUAUCUCCAUUACUCGCGAUACGGAAAGCCAGGGAUUGAAAUUGCUGUCUAUUCGGACCAUUGAUCCUCCCUCAAGACUUACCCAGCCUGGUGUGCCCAAUGCGGAGAAUGUGAAUAUGCUUGGUGCGACUGCUCCGGGUGAGAGCACGGCUGUUUUGAACCCUGUGACUGGGGAGGAGGAGAUUCCUGGUGUGUGGCGGCCCAGAAGGGGUGGUAUCAAGCGCAGUGUUAUUGCGGGCAUGGUCAAGACUGUGCUGAAGAAGGGUGGUGUCGGUGAGGAAGUGCUUUCUGGAUUGGAGGGUGUCCACGUUGGUUGA